CCAGUUGAAGCAAGGAAAAAGAUUGGGUUUUAGUCACUCCAUAUUUGGUGGUCUUCUCGCUAGUUCCCAGCAUCUCUCAUUUCGUGGCUCUUAUGUUCACAAUGGUGGCCAGUUUAGAAUGCGAUUUUGAUCAGUAUAAGUAGCUUUGCUCCACCAAUCUAGGAGGAAGGAAAUCAUUGAAAUGCGACGAAGUGUAUCUGCUGCAUAGAUAUGGAUUCAAGAUUUUUCUCUGCUACUCAGACUCGUCAAAUCAAUCGCCCUAUAAGAGCUCGAUAUCCGAACUUCCAAGUUCAAAAUGGACACGACAAGCGCGGACAGUCUUCUUCAUCGGCUUCGGUUGGCCUUGAUGAGAACUUGUCCAGAUUAUUUGAAUGUAUGCGACUGGAAUAUGGAACGUAAGUUUUUAAAAAUAGUUUCCACUUUGUUUUUAAGUACAGAGGUAACCUCAUUUCGUGACUAGUUCGCUGCACUGAAUGCAUGAUUUUAGGCAUGUCUGAAUGUCAUCUACAACAGUGCAGCUCACUUCAGUCAACCUCAGCUUCAAUCUUGUUCAUCUACUUGCCCAUUUAUCAUGAUUGUAUAUUACAAAGUAUAAUAUAGCAUUUACCCAAAGAUAUUCAUUGGUUAAUCAAGAAAUAGAAAAGACGACAAAGGCUUGAGUGAAGUAUUGUUACCAGUAUGAUCACGCGGGGCUGAAUUUUUAUACUGCAGGGAUUAAACUUAAGUACAUGUAGACUAUAUAUAGUUUUUUGCUGCAAAAUCAAUCAGACAGUGAGUAAUAGUCUAUACAUACUACCCUACUAUAGGUAGAUGAUCUUUAGUUUUAGGCACUCAAAUGUAUCUUGUCAUCACGGUUUCGUGUGCUACAGUAUCUGUAAAAUAAUAAAUAUAAAUAUCCUCAAACUGUUGGAUAUUUCAGUUUAGGGUGUCGCUGUAUGCCACACCAAUAUUGCAGCACCUAUUUUAGAAGUGUUGGCUUAUUGUAAAUAGUUAUGAAUUUGCUCAGAAAUAUAGCAGUUAGCAAGUCCUGGUAUUUCAGUCUGAAUAAGUUUAACAUUUGCUAUUCAGCUGUUUCCACUUAUCUCCACUUUGUGUUAUUAAUUUUUGUCUCACCCCUCCUGAGACAGGUGUUACAUUUAAGUGGGUACUUUCAAGCAUAAUUCUGGUUUGAUUGUGUGUGUGUGUGUGAGAGAGAGAAUUUGAUUUCCACUCUUCAGAGUGUUAUCUCCCCUUUGUGUACUUUCUUUUUGACUUGCCCCACCUGAUAUGUGUACUUUUAAGUGGGUACUUUCUAGCAUAAUUCUGCAGGAUUCUCAUUAAGUGCCAGCAGCAGGCUAAAAAACCGGCUACUUGGAGGUUUGACCCCUCUGCAUUUGGGGGAAAUAGGGUAAAUUGAGAGAGUGAUUGCCCAGAGCACUCAGUUACCGAGCCACCUACUUUUAUACCCUAGCUGUCUACUUUAAAACGUAAUGAGAACCCCGAUUCUGGUUUGUGUGUGUGUGUGUGUGUACAUGUGAAAGGGACAGGGAGAGGGGAGACAGCUACCUCAUAUAGUCAGUUAUAUGAGGGCUAUCUGGGCAAAAGGAGUGCGAUCUUAGUCUGCGCUUUCAAUAAGGUCUGGCAUCCACUGUGACUCUAGCAGCUAUUCAUUUCCUUCAUUGCUUUGAUAAAAUAUAGGAUUGACGUCUGCUCCUCAGUGACAGAAAUUCCAAACUGAUGAUGUAAAAUUUGUCUGGAAUCUGUUCAGGAGCUCUGAUUGGUCGAUGUAGUAGUUGUAUUGUUUAAGCUCUUGUUUACAAGUGACAGAUAAAAGGGUUCAAAGUUCAAAAUUAUGUAAACCUGAUGAGUCUACUACAACAUGAAACUUGUGGAAUCUAUUCUUUUUUAGACUUGAUGAAUUUGAGUUUUGCUGGAGCUCAUUUGUAGAAGAACGCAAAAGCUUCAACAUAAUCAAUCAGGAGAAACCUAAAAUCAAAUAUAUUUACCUUUGAAACCCCACGACUACUGGAUUAAUUUUAGUUUUACGUAAUUAUUAUGUAAACGUUGAUUUUCGUCAUCAUAUGGAAUUUCUGUCACUGAGAACAUUUUUCCUGUGAAAUGUCCCUAGCAGCGAGGAGCAAGAAGAGAUGACUGAAUUCGCAAGCUUUUUGGCUUUAUUCCUUUGACAUAAUUGAUAUUUUGGAACUUUGGGUACAUACUUGUGGGCUUAAAAGAUUUCAUUCACAACUGCAUGAUUGGGGUGUAACGAUUAAUUAAAAUAGCGGUUAAUCGCGAUUAUGACCGUUCAGUUCAGUUCAUGGUUCUUUGCUUUCGCACUUCAAUUUUUAUUCAAUUAUGGUAAAAGAGUGCCCUCACAACUAUUAAAACCCUUAGUGUCAAAAUUUCUAGUAGUUUUUUUCUCAAAUGAGCUGUUGCUUUAUGAAAUAACAGUUCAGAUGCUUUCAUAAUUGGUGUAUUUGACUGAGGAGUGAAGGAAUUUGUAGUUCAUGUACCAUUUUGUGUGGUGUGCUUAAAAUUUUGCCCUUCUACCACCCCUUGAGAGUUUCCAAAUGAGGUAAACCAUGCAUGCAACAAGCUUCUUUUCACAUUCUCGAACAUGGCUGAACAAAGCCAUGAGGUUGAUCAUUUGUGUGGAAACAUUACGGCUUCCUCGUGAAUAAUAAUUUAUAAGAAUUAGGAAACAUUAAUUUUGGAUAAUUGAAUUGAAAUAUUCGAAACUGAAAGGCAAUAAUUGAAAUUGAAUUGAAAGGGAUAUGAAUCGUUACACCCCUACUGUAUGAGCUCCUGUGCCACUGUUGCUGCGGUUAUACAGUGGAAGCUUUCCUAACCAUCACAUGGGACACUGUCGUAAGUGGACAGCUCCACUUACUGCCACCUUAACAAAACCCCAUUUUUCUCAACUCCCAUACAAACUCACAUUCCCCUAAGUGGCCAGCUCGAGUUACGCAUGCCUUUUUCUUGCCUGAGGGUGUCUGCUCAUGAGAUCCCCUACUGUACAUGUAUGAAUUAGUUAGUCAUUGGUUAUAAGCAAUUUUGUUGAAUUUGUUUCAUGCAGGGGAGGCUUUCUGAUUUCUCCAAAGUGGAAGAAUUUCCGCAGCCAGAAGCUACACUUUGCUGAGAAAACACGGUUAAACAAUGCAAUUUGGCGCAGUUGGCACAUUCAGUGUAAGUUUUACAUGACUUCAGUUUAUUUUUUUGAGUGUCUCAUUUACCUAAAAAUGAUGCCAUUGAUAUUCAGUGAGUAAGAUGAGUCAAAAUCACUGAAUAUUAUCUGAUGUACCUCUUUUACAGGGCUCAUGAGGUGGCAGUUACAUGUAUUAUAGGCAAAGGGUAAUAAUAAAUUUUGGUACCUGGGAUGGGGCACUUACAUCUUUGCUGGUAAAAGUUAAAUUAUGAUAAAGAAUUUAACCAAGGAGUGUGAAUUUAAGAUUUUAACUCUUUUGUUAUUGCUAGUGUUGGAAGUAAACCUUUGAACACUAAGAAGUCUUUUUAGACGGUCUUUUGCUCAUUCUGUUCUUGUUUCCAUUUUAUUUACUUAUUUUAUUUGUUAAAUAAACAUAUCUUAUUAUAGAGAUAACACUGCAUAAUUAUAACUUUUGUAAUCAGUUUUGUUAGGAUAAUGAUAAUAAUAAUAAUACAGUUGUGAAAAUAUUAUGCUUAAUAAAUUAUGUAAGGACCAAACGCAAGUUCAUUUAUUUUUCUGGUCAUCAACAAUCUAUUAUCUCCUUCAUAAAAAUUAAGAUCCUAAUUAAGAACCUACUUAGCCUAAAUUGCCAAUAAGUACCCCAAAAUAUAAUAACCUACUUUGUCAGACUUCAAAAACCUAGGUUCUUAUUCAUAGGUGUUUACUGUAAUGAAAAUGAAUGUUCAGGUAACAUGUAGCCAAAGGCACUAUUCCAUAUUUUUUUUAAUGACAAUGGCUUUAAUAUCAUGCCCAUUUGAGCUAAGGUAUAACAAAAAAGAAAUUCAAGAUAGGAAGAAAUCAUUAUUGGAGGGAACUGUGCUCUGAUGUGGAAUAACAGUACUAUUAGUAAACCUACAAUUCAAACAGUACAAGGACGGUUUAUUGAAAAGGUGGCUGUUAUUUGGUUAGACACUAUUGUAAUAAUUAUUUAGGAUUGCUUACACUGUAUUACGAAAACUUACUUGUUGAUGAGCACUUAAAGUUAUUAGAAAGGGGAUGUUAUUGGAAAAAGGUUGCUAAGGUUACAGUACAUAAAUAUGUAGUAACCCUUCUCCUCCACUGCCUUUGAUCAUGUUUUGUGUGGUUUUUCAAUACAAUAAUGUCAUGCUUGAAUUCCAGUCUGGGUCUGGGUGCAAAUCAAUUAAACUUAUGCAAGUGUAAUUUACAAGUUUAGCUAUUGUUUUCAAACUCUAUAACAAUAGCUACUAUAGAAUAUUAAGAUCAUCUAGUAACUUCAUAGGAAGAGUAGAUGAUUGGACUUUGUAUUUAUGGGAGCACUUGUAAACAGAGUAAAGUCUUCAUUUAAGAGAUUUAUUGUGAGUUAAUAUUUCAUUUGAUGGACUUUAGACCAACAGCUGUAAGUCAUGUGCAGUUUUGUUUACAAGGGAUAAUUGCAUUAAAUAGUAAAAUAGGGUGUUUGUGUCUGUGAGUAUGGUUUAUACUAAUUUCUUUACCCGUACAUAAGGUUGAAUUAUAAGUUUGGACCAAAGCUUGACAUUUGACUGUUUACAAGAAGACUAAGUACUACACAUGCACUUUAAGUACCAUUUACUAAAUUCUUCUGAAAAGAAGUUGAAGAGUCUCAUAGUAAAUCUUAAGGUGAAGUUGUGCCCUUGCAAGCACUGCUUACAAUACAAAUAAAGUUGUCACCCACAAUACAUAUCGUCAUGUUAUUUCAGAAUACUUUCUGUGAAAUACCUUUCACAAAGGUAUUACUUUGGUGACCAUAGUGAUAAAGAUUUGAGGAUUGUCAAAAAUUCUUAUAACAAGUAAUUUGUUUGAAUAAAAGUAAUUCAAAAUCAUGUAAAAACCUGUAUGCAAUGUAGAAAAAAUGGUUACAUUAAUGAAAAGAAAAGCAAGCCUCUGUCAGCAGCCAGUGUUAUAAUUCCUUCCACAAUUUAACAUUUUGUUUACUGGUUUCACAUUCUUUGAUGCUGCCUGAUUUUAUGUAAACACCAAGCAUCUUAAGUCAUAAGACAAACUGGUCGCCCACUGAGUUGUUAAGUUGUUAAUGAUGACACUGUCAACCUUUAGCAUAACUUGACGUAGUUUAUUUUUAACAAUGUUAAUCUUACCGGUACUUUAGAUCAAACAGAUAAGUGUCUAUAGUGCAUUAUAUUUUCAGCUUAAUAGCUUAACAUUAAUAUGUUUAAGAUAUAGUUACUCAUUUAUUUAUUGUUACACUGAUUUAAAUGUUACUAAAUAGAUGUGUGGUUAUUUUAUGCAGAUUCCAAAAAUAAAUGUCCACUGUUCUGCCAGUUUGUCCCACCUCUUUCUGCUGAUAAAGAGAUCAAGAAGAAGCCCUUUGUGAGUAUCCUUCAGUUAAGACAAGUGACCGAGUGACUAAUCCUUUCAGUAGGAGUGCUCAAAUUGAAAAUCAAAAAAUCACAAAUUCAAACCUUACUCCAUAACACCAACAGGCAACUCUCUGUUAGGAACAGUUCAUUAGGUCUCAAGAUACCAAAAUUAAUGCAGUCUCCAGGGUAUUUCAUUAAGAAUAGACCAUUUUACAGUUGUGGACUUAGUACCCUGGCCUUUGAGUGAAUGUGGGGCUGAUUGUGACCUUGUUUUGAUACAAAACCCUUUUGCUUUGUUAUGGAAAUUGUUCUUCAAAAAUACUAGCUAGGAUAAGCAGGGUGCAAAGAAAGUCAGUUUUACAGCCUGCCAUUCAGGCAAGCUGUAGCUAGCAUGUACUAGCCCACAAGUCAUUUCAGCUAGUUCCAAAACCCUUUUUGAUUAGCAGGAUUGAUUACAAUCCUUCUGUAGCUUGAAUUUUCCCAAAAAACAAUGCUUGCCAGUAGGGCAAGUUAAGAACAAAAUUCACGUGACCGAUAGCAAAAUCUACUAGAGCCGGGCUAUCAGACAUGACUCUCUUUGCCCGCUGAAAAGAAUAACUUGAUUUACAUAAUAAAGCAGGAAGGUUUGUAUCAAAACAAGGUCACCGUCAGCAUCACUUCCAUCCAUAACUGUAAAAUGGCCUCUUGUAGUAGUGGAAGAAAGGUUUAACAAUGCAGGAGAAUGUUCUGAAAGAGACUCAAUGUCUGAUUAAAAAAUUGUCAUAGGCUACCAAAGGGAAUUCUGUGUAGAAAAUAGAGAAUUCUCUGAUCUCCAAUGCCUGACAGUUACCCUGAGUUUCUACAUGUAUUAUACAGACUCCUUUUCCUCAGGCCACCUUUGAUGUGAAAACUCAAUUGUUAGAAUACAACAUGUGUAGACUUACAUGACCACUACAUGUCUUCAACAUUGUGAAAGUGUUUCUGUGAUUUUAAAUGUUACCUGUAAGAGGCAAUGUAAGCCAGCUUCCCCAAAAUGUGUUCAAAGAGAAGUUUCAAAGGACUAAGUUGGCAACUGACCAACAUCCUUGGGCUAGGAGUACCUAGCGGGGGUGGGGUGGGAGUAGGCCUAGCAUGCAGGAGUGUGGGGGACAUGAUUUGGUGCACUGUGGGAAUGAAAGUGACAAAAACUUAUCAUUUUCAUGAAAAUAAUAAGUACACAAUGUACAGCUCGUUUUUGUUUGAAAAUUGAAUUACAUAUAUUGAAGAACAUUUAGUCAUUCCCAGUAUAAUUCAAAUAGGAAGGAAUUGUUGUGCUUUUUGAUAUGGGGCAAGGCUGUGCUCUAACGGCGCCCGGUCGCCUGAGGCGACUAACAUUUAGCUUCGGGCGACUGAAAAAAAGUUCCCGGUCGCCCGGCCGGGCACUCUUGCUUCUGGUGAAGUGUUCAGUUAAGGGGGAAGAAAAAUUUAACAUACUAGUGUUGGCUUGUUGAGUCAGAGUUUAGCUAAAACCUACAGAAAAUGUUUUUACAAAUGUUGUACGAAAGAAACAGGCGCGCGUCGAUGUUCAAAGGUCGUUCUGCAUGAUUUCACAUGUAACAUAAUCCAUCACUUUGAACGUGACAAGCGGCACGGAUUUCGAUUUGUACCGCUUCUUAAAAUAGUUUUAAACUUUUUUCUUUCAGAUAGAAUGGUUCAUUAGGUACCAUUUUUUAGGAGAAACUGUCAAUACUUUUCUGACAGACGUAAAGCGCGGCUGGCGACACGGAGUAAUUUAUCUUUGUAUAAAACGGAAGUUGCCGUGUUGACCAGUGUGCAAAUGUAAUGUUUUUACAGUUUUUGGCUGCUGUGUCUGCUUGGCUAAAACAUAACUUAUGUUUGUUUUCUUCCCUUUACAUGAGAUAGCGAAAUAUAAAAAGAAAAGAUAUGAUUGUUCUGAUCGUUUUUAUUGUUGUUUUAGAAACAAGGCAGUUCCACGUUGUCUUGGCAUUUUACGUAUCGAAAACUAAGUUCGCGUGCAGGCUAAAUUUAGUGGCCAAAAAAAAUAAAAUAAAAACAUGGAAAGAAGAGCUGGUUUACGCUUCGACCGUAGCCACGAAAAGCUCAAUUAUCCUAAAAGAUUCCGUGAUAAUACACAAAAGAAAAUUAAAUAUACAUAUUUUUUAUUAAAACAAUAGAUUUGGGGCCGUACCGUUUCACUGUUUCACGGAAUUUUUCACGGGAACUUGAGUCCGAUCAACCGCGUAUAAAACUCCGUCACAUUAUAUUUCAUGCCGCAUUGAUUUACCUUUUGAAAAUUUAUUUUCAAGUUAAGUAUUACUGGUAAAAAGCACAGUUUUCCUAUGUUUGACCCAAAGAUCUUAAUGAAGUUUACGUAAACCUGUUGAAAUUUUUUACUUUUCUCUCUUUAAAAUCUGAACAAUUCGGCGGCAUUGCUCGUUUCUGGUUUUAAAUCUGAAUGGCACGAAAACUUUGAUGGGUUUCAUAAGAGAACAUGCGGGUUUUGGUCGAACCCAAAAGCUAAAAUUACUGAGUUUGGUGAUCAGCAGGCGAGUAAGAUUCACGUGCGUACAAAAUACUUCCUCAUCACAUGUACUCGGGCGACCAACUUGAGAGGCCUGGGUACUCCAGCUUGGGAGCCCGAAGGGCUCCCCGAAAUUUUUAGCCGGGCGACCAACUUUUAAGCCUGGGCGACUUAAAUAAAAUGCUUGGGAGCCCGAAGGGCUCCCUGAAAUAUUCCUUAGAGCACAGCCUUGUGGGGUGAGAAGGAUGCAGUUAAGAUUUGAGAGGAAGUGGCUCUAUGAGCUGUGAAUAUGUUGGCUUUGAGUAGGCAAACUCAGUUUUUUUGUUGUUAUUGUUAUAAUACAAACUGACCAGUAUACAACUUAACUUAAGUACUGGUUUGGAUUCUGGUUCAAGGCAAUCUACAGUGCAUACAGACUGCAGAGAGAUAAUGUUGCGUUAAUUUGAUAACAAAACCUUUUAACGGUCUCCUGACCUUGUCAUUAUUUUGUUCUAUAGACUGUUAUACUGGAGGGCAAAUAUUGGCGCAGAAAGUUAGAAGCUGUCUCUAGGGAAUACAAAAAACUCAGAAUAUACUACAAAAAGGUUUGUGCAUGACCAUAUGCUGAUCUGUUAAAUUGCUGUCUAUUUUCCAUGGGACAGUUGAACCUUGAAUAAUUAUGCAUUCCUCGGGCCUGCUCACAUGAACUUUGUUAUUGUCCCAAGUUUGUUCUUGAACAUGCAGAAAUCAUUUUGAGGAUCUAGAUGGUUUUUCUCCAUUCAAGUGUCGUCUGUGCUGAUCAUCGAAUAAUAAUGAUAUAAUAAUAAUAAUAAUAAUAACAAUAAUAAUAAUAUGAUAAUAUUAUUAAUCAAUCAAAGACAUUAAGUGCAUCAUAAAAUCAGUGAUUGAAAUUGUUCAAUUGAUUAUCGUAAACAGCUAAGAAAAAUUGUUGUUGACAAAUACAGAUAUUAAAAAGUCAUUUUCUGUCUUUGUAAUGGACUCAUUUUACACGUAUAGUCCAUGGGUAACCCUUUUCUGAUACAGUUUUCAGUUUUUUUUAUGUUUUCACCUUGAUCUGUAACACAGCACAACCACCAUGCUUUCUCAAAAGUGGUGCACAUUCAGAAAAACUCAAAAGUUUAUUUUAUAUUACUUUGACUUGAACACAGGUGAAAAUGGAAUAAUCGUUAUACAUAAUUUUUUCUGAUUAUAAUGAUUAUUGAUCAGUUUGGUAAAUCUGAUCUUUUGUGAUAAUUGAUUAUGAAACCCCAUCCAAUUUUCAGUGCCACUAUUAAUAUAGUGUUACAUGUACUGUGAAAUUUAUAUCUGAUUUGUUUCUGUUCCAGUGGUCUGGAACACCAAGAGCCAGCCUACUUCACCAUUUGAGCCCUCGGGUAUGAAAGCUUUUUUUCUUCUAUUUUUUAUCUUCUACUAAGACAGAUUCUUGAUAAUGUACUGUAAAAUUCCUAAAAUAAGCCCUUCCAUGCAUAAGCCCCUCAAACUCGUAAAACAAAAAACCCUCCGAUAAAUCGUCCUUGCCAAAGAACUAUUACAUGUUCCAAAUGAUUGCAGUCAAAAAGUGUCACAGUAUAUUGCUGUUUGCAUUACUAGUUUACUCUUCAGUCUUGGCGUGGAUUUCCUCGGUCCAUGUAGACAAAGUACUUGCAUGGCUGAGUUGUUGAAAGAUCUCUGUCCUCAAAGCGAAUUCAGGGUUGUCUGAAAGUUUUGAAGUAGAUGGCUGAGUUGUCAAAGUAAGCGGCCAGUCCAGGAAUAUUUUAUUUUAAAAAUACCAAGCAGAGUAGCCGGCCAAUACUAACCAAGUAGACAGUGAUUUUUCGCUAGUAGUGGGCUACUUUUGACAACCCUGGAGUUUCACUAAAAACUUGCUUCAAAUUACUGAUUUAAAUUUCCUUCCAACUGGAAGCUAGCCCAAUGGAUUUUUAGGUGCAUAUUUCACUCCCAGUCUUAGCGUAGGCAAUUUUGAAACGUAAAUUCCCAUCUCUAUAUAAGCCCCUCCGAAUAUAAGCCCCUUCAAAAAUAAGCCCCUCAAAAAGGGUCUUUGAAAAAAGUAAGCCCUGGAGCUUAUUUUUGAAAUUUCACAGUGUGGUUAUUGUUGGGAGAAGAUUUAUGCUGGUACAAUAAAGUCAUUCUUGUAACUAUUGAAACUUACAUAUAUACAGUCAAAUCCCGCUUUACAGACACCUGCUUAAUUUGGACACCUCAUUAUUACGGACAGUUUGCUUUGUCCCUGGGGAAAGUAAGCCCUUAUUUUUUCUCUAAAUUCAACCCGCGUAAUACGGACACUUUGUUAAUACGGACGCUUUCUAUGGCCCCCUCAGUGUCUGUGUUAAGAGGGUUUCACUGCACAUGUUAAGGGUUAAUAACAUGUUGUUAUUACAGUCAACUCUUUCUAAGUCGGACACCUCUGAGGCCGGCACUAAGUGUCUGUCUAAGAGAGAUGUCCGUCUUAUAAAGAGUCAAAUAAAGGGAGUAAAGAAAGGCAGGGACCAACUCUAGGUGUCUGUUUUACAGAGGUGUCCGUCUUAUAGAGGUGUUCGUUAAGAGAGAGUGGACUGUAAUACCGUAACCCUCAUUGUGGCAGAGAAUCCUGGGGCUUACAGCUGGGGCAAGAAGAAUGUCCUAGAAAACAUGGAUCAUUUUACGUUUCUGUGAAACUGCCCACCUACCCCUCCCCUAAGCCAAUGUUUUGCCCUAGGUAAGAACUAAGUGUUAAUGUUGGUUUAGGGGAGGGGUAGGUGGGCAGUUUCCCAGAAACAUAGAAUUAAUUUUUCUGAAAACAUUGCAUUAAAGGGGUAACAAGUUUUCAUAUUUAUGAGAAAUCUGAUCAAUGCACAACAAAAUUGUAAAUCCAGACACAAAGACAAAAUAUAUAAUGUGAUUCAUAUAUAUAUAUUUAGUAUAUACACACUCAGUGACCUUUGUAAUUCAAGCAAUCUGAUUGGUUAGCUGUCUCGAACUAUGAAGUUAUAUUCACCAUGCUAGGCAGUGAAUAUAAAGCAGAACAAAAUCGCUGUCAUGAACUGGGUGUUUUGCAAAAGUUUCAUAGCAAAGCUUUUUUGAAAUUACACGAAUAUCCAAGUGCUGAUGACUUUGAAGGCAAGAAAAGACUUCAUGGUGUUUAAACAGCGUGAUGUAUUGUGAAGUGGUUUACUGUAGCUGACUUUUUGUGAGCUUGAAGCUAUGUUUACCACUACAGAGGAAAACGAGGUCGGUUUGUGAUUUCGGGAUUUUCUCGCAAGACCAAUUUUGCCUAUAAAUAGAAGUUAAUUUAUAGAGAAAAGAGGAAGGCAAACAAAUAUUUUCGAAAAUUGUACGUGCCAGCAAGUUAACAAGGCAAAGAACAUUGGAGAUAAAGUACGCUCACCUUGAUCGUAGUGACGGCAUUUGCAAGAAGCGACAAAGAAAACUUUCUCAUUCAUGGUGAGUUGACAGAAACAAAUAGAGCUCUACUUUUCUGCAGAAUUGGGUAGUAAUUAAAAUUUUCGGCGUUUUCUUUUAAAUCGUUGAUGCUAAAGCUUACAAAACUCGAUACAAAGGAUUAAAACUAUCAUUUGCCAUGUUUGAAGAUACUGUAAAGAUCUAACUUUUGCCCAUCCACUGUUUAUGGCUUUGUGUUCAUGCAUGAAUUCACCUGUCAAUCAAACUAAUUGUUUUUUAAUGGUUUCCUUUCUGAUUCUGUUGAGAUCACUUCAUGUGAAUAUACUAAAACAAUUAUUCACCUCAAUCUCAGUUAAUAUUGUUGAUAAUCCCCUCGACUUCGUCUCUGGGAUUAUUCAACAAUAUUAACUUCGCCUUCGGCGAAUAAUUGUUAAAUAUUAUAGGUAAAAAGUAAUUCCAGGUUAAUUUGAUUUAACCUUGGUCGGUGCUCAGUUUCCUUUGUCUCCUAGCCAUUGUGUUUCUUGAUGUGGGAUAUAGUUAUAAAAUUGUGUUGUGAGGACCUGAAAAAGUCUCUCUAAGUCCAUUGUGGUGUAGAGUCCUUUCAGUGAAUUGUCUGGAUGUUUAACCAAGUGUUUAACCACUGUUGUUUGCCUUUAUUAUGGUGUUGUCCAUAGUAGCAAGAUGUCUGGGAAUUGAGAGUUGACUUCACUUGUUUUCUUGACUGUACAUGGAAGUUACAGUCAAGCCAGGUAAAUGCCAAAGAUUCCAAUAAAUUUUAAGGUUGUUAUUCGAAAGUUGACUCUGUUUGUAGUCGUACAUUUCAGAUCCAUCUCUGUAUUUCUACCAGUGGCAUAAUGAGCAGUGAAUAUUCUGCCCAAAUACUGGAAGUAGUAGCCUGAAAUUCACUGUUCAUUACGCAUGCAACGACUAACGGAUUCAAUUUUCAGGUAAUCAAUUCAUUGAUGGACUCUCUGGGCUAAUGCUUGACCUGGUUUGACUGUAAUUAAGGGGAAUUUAAAUCAUGAUCACUUAAUAAUACUUAUAAUCUCAUGCAGGCUCAGCAGCUUGAUCGAGAAAUUUCAAGGGAUCUUGAGGAAAGUCAAAGAAGGAGAAGGUGUGUGCAUUAAUUAUCCAAGAUGAUUGGACGGGGGCAAAAAUCAAAACCCAAAACAACAACAACAACAUUUAUUAUUUAUGGUGCGCCCUUUCUAUACAAAUAAUGAAAAGCGCAUUACUAUAAUAAGUAGUCUUUAAUGACAGAAAUAUAUCUAUAUAUAUCAAAAAUGCACCCCCCAAAAAUCCCAUACCAAAUUGUUUAAUUGUGUAUUAACCAGUUCUAUGAAACAGAUGCUAUGUAAUGCGUUAAAUACUAAAUCAGCCUCAAAAAUUGUUUGGUUGUACUUUAUUCGCAGAUCUUUGUGGCCGGGAUAUGCCAUAAAGCAGUAACUUGCAAUGCACUUUGUGAACAAUUUAAGAUGGUGGACAACAGAAAACUGAUAGAUGUUAAACAACAUUUUAGUUUUGCAAAUGAGUCAAUUCAUCACCAAAGAAUUGCUCUACUAGAUUGGAAAAUAGUGAAUUCCUGUAAAUUGAUCUCUAAGGCUAAAUAUGUCCCUGGAAACUAUUUCUCUGUUCUGUUAUUUUAAGACCACAGUAAUGACACAGAUCGUUACUGUGAAAUCCUAACAAAGGAAAAGAAAAUUUUGGACUAGGGAUAAUAUUGAACUAUCACUUAUGUUUGCUACCAUAACAGGACACUAAGUUCAGGCAGUGAUGGUCCUGGAGCCACAAGUCCUCCGCCUUUGUCGUCUGGGGACACACCAAUUGAACAGAUGCUUAAUAUGAUGGAUACCUCCAUAAAUCAUGGUAUUGUAGUGGUUCCUUAAAGCCCGGUCUUUAUGCCUGGAAAAUCCCAGACAAUUGGGGGUUUCACUGUUUUUUGACCCUCUCUGAUUUGUCAAGUAGAACAUGUGUCUAUUAGGUGGUCCAAAAUAGAGCUUACUGUAAAUGAUCUAAUAGACAGCCUCUAUUAAAUAUAAGCCUCUUGUCUAAUAAACGCUCCUUACACUUUAAAGUUUUAAGUUUGCAUUAGAUGCCCCUUCUCUAAUAGACACCCACUGUCUGAUAGAUUCCUCAUAUGGCAAUUGCUCCAAAAUACUUUAAAGUAGCGAAAAAAGAGAAAAAUCAUUCAAUUUAUUCAGUUUCUUGCUCGACUAACAAGAGUUUGUGUAUUGCUUCUUGUUGAAUGUCAAGUUCAAAGAAAAGAUUCUGACAUUUUGUUCCCAGUGGCGAGUUGUAUGAUGGGACUUUGUACGGUUCAAAAGUGUCCAAACAGCUGGAGUUUUUGUAUUUGAGUUUUAAAGCAAGCUUCCCUGCUUUCUUGAAAUCAAAGUCAAUGUGCCUUUAAGAAUGUAGUUACAGUUUAUAUAGAUGUACAUGAGUUUUAAUGAUUCUUAAUUUCUAUUUUUUUUUAGACAUGGCAUUAUCUUCCCUUCCUGAUACACUGUUCACAUCUCGCACGGCUAAUUUUGGAGGAACUGUCAUUCCAGAAGAACUGAGCCAACAACAGGGUUUGGCAUCAAGGGCCACUGCUUAUUCGGGUAAUUGGAUUAUGAGAAUAACGAUAAAAAUAAUAUUAAUUAAUAAUAAUAAUAAUAAUAGUUAUUUCUGUAGUGUCAUUUCUGUUGCUGUCCAGUGGCGCUUUACAACAGCAGUCACUAAAAAAAUACACUCUUCUUAAAUUAAAAAAUUAUGCUGUGCAUUAAAAUUUACAAUGUUGUUAAGAAGAAUAAAUAGAUAAAUAAAAUCAAAUAAAAAUGUAGGAAAUAUGUUACUUGGAUGAUCAUAAAUUAAAAGCCUUCUUGAAAAGAUAAGUCUUAACUAAAUGUUUAAUUCAUUAAGACUGCUACAGCACCUGACAUUCUGAUGUUCCAUAGAGGAGGGGCUGCACAUGAGAAAGCUGUGUAACAACAAUCUAAUGAUACAUUGUGAUCUUCAAAAUAAUAAUGAUGAUGAUAAUAAUAGUGAUCAGUAAAUGGCUUUUUAGGAACAGCUGGACUAGUAUGGAAAGUUUUGUCCCUCUAGCCAAGGCUGCUGCCUAACAGGCCCCCGAGGCUCUUAUGAUUUGCUCGCCGGCGACUAAAAUUUGAAACAAGGAGCCCACACGGGCACCUAAAACUUGUGUUUCUUAUGGCAAUAGCCUCUAUGCCUACUACCAAUGAAGGAACAACAGAAUUCCCUGCUCAUUUUGUGCUUUUGAAACGAAACGUAACACGUGUGUUCGUCGACCGUAGGUAAAAAAUGUUGCUGAUAAAAGUAAACAAAUGAGCACUUUUCUGGAAAUUCGAAACUCGGACGAAUCGAGUUUGGAGACGUGUGAAUCGAGCUUCGAGCAUCUGCUUACUUGUUUGAGUUAAUUGAUCAAUGGGCUCUUAGAAAUGUGGCUCAGGCUCCUAACUUUUUAUUUUAGGAGCCUGAAGGGCUCCCAAAAAAGUUUCUGAGGCACAAGUGAGGAUUCCUUUGGGAUCUUUAUCAGAUCACUUUAAGCUCACUAUUCUUUUUCAGAUACUCCAGAUGUGUUUCAAGUUCCAACUCUGGACAGUCUGCAGCCCAAUUUAGAUCAGUUUAUGGAACACUUUGAGUUAUUUAGUAAGUAAAAUUGUGUUAGGUCAGUAUGUUAUAUGCGUCAGUGCUUAGAGGCAAGAAAAUUCUAACAAGUGCUCCUGAUCUUUAAAAGUAAAUGCAGAUGCCAAUAGUCAAAAUAAUGGAAAGGUCUUUAACCCUUGUGACAAACUACUUCAUAGUAAUAGGCCCUUUUCAGGACCUGGUCAGGUGACCAUUCUUAAGCAAAAAUUAUGGGAUACAGAUGGAAAAAGCACGAGAAAAUUAGCUAGAGGACCAAUUUUGAGGGGACUGACACAAGACUAAGAUUUUAUAGCUGCUGGAAUGUUUGAAAAAUUAUAAGGAUUUGUAUGAAAAAAGUUGCUGGGAUGCAUAGCGUGCAGUGCAGCGAUUUUUUCCAUACAAAUCCUUAUAAUUUUCCAGAAAUUCAAGCAGCUAUAAAAUCUUAGUCUUAUAUGUCAGUCUCCCCAAAAUUGGCCUUCUAGCUAAUUUUCUCGUGCUCUUUCCAUCUAAGGCAUUUUUAGAGCUGUAUCCCAUAAUUUUUGCCUAAGAAUGGUCACAUGACCAAGUUCUGCAAAGGGCCUAUUUCAAAUGGAACUACAAGGAUGUUAGAAACAAAUUUUUCAAAUUUUCUGAGUCAAGUGCCCACUUUUAAGAGGUUACCAAUAUUUUGUAAAAAGUUACAUAACCAUCACCUCAAAAAAGGUCGCGGUUUCUUACAAGAGGUGGUCGUUUAGAAGAGGCUGUAACUGUAGUGCUUUGACUGGGAACAUUUUACCGAAAAAAAUGGGUUUUUUACCUUUGAGAACACGUGAAGGAACAAAACAUUCCAUAUCUCGGAGGAAAAAAACAAUUUAGCAAUUCCAGUAUUCUGUUCGAAUCUCUCGAAUGUCAUCAGCGAUGUAUAAAGAAUGAGAUACGGUAAAAAAAACCCUCCCUGAAUAGAGACAAGGGACUGGACCUCCUGGCCAUUUACAGUCCCUUCUUGGGGCCACGUAACAACUAAGUGGUUAUCUCAUUUUUACGUCGGUGAUGAAGUUCAAUUUGUUCAAUUUGUUUUUGCCUUGAGUUUUGGAAUUUUUCUCUCUUUCAUGGGUACAUUGUGGUGUUUUGGAUUGGUGGUUGCCUAUGGAAGGUGGUCGCAGACAAGAGAUGGUCAAACAUAGAGAUUUGACCAUAAAAAUGUUUCUUUGUUUGUUUGUAGGUAUGCUCGUAAAGCAAGCAGAAAAUGCUGGCAAUCAACAGAACCUCGUUCAACCAGGCAACUUCCAGGCCGUCAGGUCAGAAGGCCAGACAGUGUUUGUUAACCAAUCAAAUCCAUUUGAUUCAGCUGUUCAGGGUCACGAGGAAGUCAUGGACCACUCUGGUGCUUAUGAUGCCACAUCACAGUACCCAGCUGCUGCUGCGUCUACUGUGGACAAUGCCCAACUGUCCCAGCAAGGAAUGCCACAAUCAGGACCCGUCCUUAUGGAUAUUUCUGGUGGAAAUCCCAGUGGGGAGUAUUCCUUUGACUAUGGCAACGUCAUGCAUGGUCAGAGCUUCACUGCACAGUUACAGCAGAGCAUGCCAUCUCAGGGGUCAGGGUUUAUUUCACCAAGCUCACAGCAGCAUCCAACUUCUCCAGUGCAAGGUACAGUGUUGGCAUCGCCUGUAGACGAACCCCAGAUGGUGUCGUUUGCAAAUCCCCAACAACAACAACAGCAGCAGCAACAGCAACAACAGCAUCUACCAAGCCCUCUUGAAGAGAUUCAAGCCCAGCAGCUUGCAUCUCAUGGCGGACCUGUUCUCUCUCCCACUCAGUAUGCAAGUAAUACCAGUCCAUUCAAUUCAAGGCAGCAGAUCGACACAUCAAGUCAACAACGGAAAGGGCGACUCCCUAGGAACGUGUCAGAUACUCAGCUGUACACAAUGGACCUGUCGCAGCUUGCCACAUCUUUUCCAUCAAACCUGUUUCCGUCAAUUGAGAACAAUCUACCCCCUCAACUUGAAGCUCCUAAUCUUGCAGCGCAUUUGCAAUCCAUACCACCGCGUACCAGGCUGACGUCAAUUCCACCGGCUGCCAGCCAACCUAAGCGAGCUAGACUGCCCAGGAACAUGUCUGAUUCAAGGCUAAGCAGCAUGGUUCGAAGUCCCACGUCACCUCCAUCAUUUCCAACGAUACAGUCUGCUGAAACAACUAAGCAGCAUCCACAGCAAGCUUCAGCUGCACCGCAAUCCAGUAGGGUGUCUGCUCUGAGGGGGAGAAAGCAAGGGAGGUUGCCACGCAAUAUGUCAGAUUCUUCUCUCUUAAAUUUAGGGCAGCAACCUCAGCCAGUUUCACCAGCAGUACCAUCGCAGCGUAGAAGGAAGAUGUCUGAUCCACGUGGCGUGAGUGUCGCUUCAUUAACAGCGAGUCUGCAAGGAGGUACAAUGCCUUCUGCAACAUUCACCAGUACCGCUGCAACACAGCAGUUCAGCACGUCGAAUAGCGGGAUGCAGACAGGAGAAUCUUCCAUCUUGGAACAGUUGCUAUCGAGCCCUGCUGGAAGCAAUGUGGUGACUACAACGUCCACAGAGUCGUAUCAGCCGGCAAGUAGCUCUGUUCUAGGACAACUUCUCACUCAGCAGUCAUCCGUGCCUACGCCAGCUGUGCAGAUGCCGGCGAGAGAUACAAACCCUUUGGGUGGCACUCAAGAUCCUGCCUUGCUGAUGCUCCAGUUAAAACAAGUGUUACAAUCCAAGCAAGCAAGCUCUAUACCAACUGAACUCCUUAACACACUGAAUUCGCUAACUGGCUUAGGACAAACCCAAGUUGCGCAGCACAAGCAGGAGCAAGCACAGCCCAUGCAAACAGUCCCACAGCCCAAACCUUUACCCUUGCAACCUUCACUUCAAAUGAAGCCCCAAAAUCAAAACGCCAUCAGUCAAGCUCUUCAGUCAUUACUGUGUGGACCUCCCAACGUGGCUCUUCAGCAAUCAACCCAACCUAAGCAAACUCCCCAGGUUAGCAGCUUUGCGGCUCAGUCAGCCUAUCAAGUACCAGUGGCUGUGACGUCACCGAGUAUGCAAGUCCCCAGUGUCACUGUCAAACACCAGCCUCAGGUUAAAUCACCUUUAGCAACUGUGAUACUCUCUCCCCAGGGUACCUUUCAGCCUACCCAGGAAACACGCGCAGAACAAGCAAAUACCGUGUUUGAUCCUGCACCCACCCCUCCCGUGCAACAGGUAGUGAACAUUGCUCCUGCGGCUGUUCAAGGUCAGCGGAUUAUUCUACCAGCAAAUGUGAACCUUAGCACGCUGUCUCUGGCGCAACUUGGCCUGUCAUCGGGGAAUCUCCAAACGGUGAGUUUAACAUACACCAUAGUGUACACAUAUACGAUACUGAGUUAACCCUUUCAUUCCCAGAAGUGGCCAAAGACGGAACUCGACAAAAUUUGCGAAAUCCUAGUUGAAAAAUACUGCUAAACGAAUAGCAUUAUGUGAAAAUAUAUCCACAAACUCAAAAGUUAGAACUGCAAACUAAAUAAAUAGUAUCAUGUGAAAGAACUGCUGAAGAGGUUUCAUUUGAAUGGUAACUCCAUAGGAUUUGAUUCACAGACUCGAAAGUUAUAAUCAAGUAAAAUCAACAAACCAGUGGGUUGUCACAUGCUUGUCACUACGUUGUCUCAUCACCUCACGGGUUACUGUAUUUUGGUGUCGGUUUUGAAAUCCCUUAAUCGAGGGUCCCCAAUAGGUUUUUUCGGGAUGCGGGAUUUCUCUCAUUUGAGAGCCGGGAUUCUGACUUUUAAAGCAUAAUGGGGGCGGGAAUUGGGAUUAAAUGAAUGCCCGGGAUACAGGACAUCGGGAUUACGGGAUUGCACGAAAAUUAGGGUCGGGAUGAAGGGGUUUAGUAAUCGUAUCGAGGACCUUCUUGAUCGUCCGGCCCUCCUACUGGAUUUAACUAUGUUGUUUGCGCGUCUCCUUGCGACCUACGCGUUGACUACGCCAGCUUUUUCUUCAGGUGCAAAAAGCCUUAUUGUUAAAAGUUGUAAAGUGUCAGAUAGGACGAAAUUUGUUACUUUUGACAAAUGAAACCUGAGCUUGUGGGAUGUACAAAAAUCGGUGGGAUACUAGUAUUACUUAAGUAUCGUUCAAACGGACGCAACAUUGUUCCCCAAGGUUGGGAGUUGUUGCGUCCGUUUGCACGCAGCUAAAAGUUAAAUAACAACUCUGAUCAUUAUUUUUGGAAUUUAAUUGAUGCGAAGACACGUUUUAGCUUUCUAAAAGAUAGCAAAUAGCAUGACAUAGGCCCUUUAAUAACAUUGGGGAUCUUUAUACGUUUCUACCCCUCCCCUAAGCCAACAUUUUGCCCUAACUGAGAAGUAAGUGAUAAUGUUGGCUUAGGGGAGGGGUAGGUGGGCAGUUUGCCAGCAACGUAUAAUGAUCUCAUUAGCAUCCCCUAUGGUUCACAAGUCUGUUAGUAAUGAACAGCAGAAGCCCUGCACUUCUAGUAACGACCAUUUACUGUUGUGGCUUGCGAUCAAACAGCUCACUAUAGCGCUAGACUAAUGUUAAAGCCUUGUAAAGGUCUGAAAUUUUUAUAUCACAGUACAUGGGCAACACAGCGCCAUCACAAUUCGCGGCAAGUAUUCAUGAUAUGGCUAGACUUCGGAUUAGGCUUUGCUUAGAUAAUAUUUGUUUAACAUUGGUAAUUCUUAUUAAUCUUGUUGUAGUUAUUUCUGCAAUCCAGGUCUGCUUUAUAAACGCACACUAGUUGAUACUCUUGAGAUAUAAUCGUGAUGUAAUUUGUGUUAUUAUCUCAUUGAUGUAUUUGUAAAUGUUUGGGGUGAAGUCAAACUAAUUUUUUUUAUUUGAUAGAUUUUGAUUCAGUCGAAUUCAUGUUUUGCAGGCGUUAACUUACUUAAUUAAGACAUGUUUCAGCAGAGUCUCCAAAGACGAGAUAAAAAGUGUAGGGAAAUUAAACUUCAGAACUUUUUGGCGAAUAAUGUACUCUUCGACUCUCGACGUCACUCGACAAGAAUUUAAGUUUCGAGUCGGUUCGUUUUCAAUCUGGUGAGAACUUUGAGCCUGUUAUCUCAGGCGAGAAACAGCUGACCGGAAGACCUUCAUUUGGUAUCACGAGUGCGGCCAACUGGAAUGGAGACGGGACGAACUAACGUCUGUCGGGACAACUUUUAACAUGUCUAAAGCGCGUGAUAGUUGAUAGUAACGGCCAAACGGUUUAAUAAGUUUGUACAGUACAGCUCCUGGAAUAUAAGUUAGUCCGAAUUGGUUUUCUCUCCAUGUUUCAUUACUGAUUGACUGAAAAAUCUUAAAACCUCGGGGACACGUGGGCUUUGUUUUGAUAGUACACCUUGCUUACAUGAGAUAUGGUAUACGAACUGAACUGAUCUCGACCUUACGUUAUUAAUCUGUGGUUGUACUACUAUUAUGUAUUUCUAUUAUUCCACCUCUACGUCAUUUUACUAUUUAUAGAAAGGAAACGGGAAAUUACACAAUAAACUACUGUAUUGUACUAUAAAAUGCUGCUUUGAGAGGAUUUGUAAUUUUUUGCGGAAUGGCGGCACUGCAUGAAGAAAUGUUUGGCGUGAGUCGAACGAUUUCUAUAAUGGAAUAUGUAAAUUAUUUGAGUCUGUAUGCAAGGGCUCAUUUAUCGUUUGUCUCACUAUACUCACUUUGUUUCAGUUGGUUUUGAUCGCGACGUUUCGACGACUUACCCCUAGUCUUCACGAUGGUGUCGUCUAGCUGCUCGGAACUAUCCGUAGCGCUGUUUUGCUUAAUCGUUGUUUUAGCAGAUAAGCUUGGACGUUUUACUCAUGGCAAAGCUGUGGCGGAAAGACUAUACUCGAUGGUGAAAUCCCCGCGCGUUUUUCCACCGAUACGGCGUGUAAGGUGUUUAUAGCGGUGUUUGAUUCCGUUCCAAAGUAAAACCAGUAAUCAACUUAGAAUACACGGCUUAGAACCCUUGCUAAAAGGGGACUACUCAUUAAACCCCAAAACGGUUAUUACCUGUAUAUAUACCAUAAGAUAGUGGUAAAAACGUCGCCGUCAAUAUCAAAGUGAUUAUCGUAAGGCAAACGAUUAACAGCCUAUCAUAAACAAACUUCUUAUAGAGGCAUUUUUCAUGAUAAUAUUUUUACUUGUUUGUACUUUUUAGGUUAGUGUGACCGUUCCGUCCAGCGUAGCGCCCAGUUCUCCUUCUCUGUCUUCCGUGGCCACCAUAAGCGCAGGAUCCAAGACUUCAGCAGGUGAGUCAACCCUUUAAAUCCCAAUAUACACAUACAAAUUCUCCGAACUGAUCUCCAUACAUUUCCUUAAAAAUUUGGCUGAGAGAAUUUGAUAAACCAUCGAAGCAUUUUCUCUUUGGUGAUUAUUUUAUUCAUUCUCAUAGGGAGGCGCGCGAAGGGGUGGGUGUGGGGGCGUAAUUGUAUUGUGGGCAAUUGGAAAAUGGUGAAUGACAUAAUAAGCCAUGAACGAAGGUCUAAGGUCUUAACUUCACAGACGAGGCACGCGGCUAAAAGGAAUCUUUUCAGUUUGAAUGUCGAUUCCGUAGACUACGUUUCGGUAUUGUUGCCUAUACUUGACAAUCUUACAGGUAUAUACUCUUGAUUAUUCAUUGAUGUUCUAAGCCUCCUUCCCCCUGAAUGAAGCAUCACUGUUUGCAAGGUUAACGUCCAAUGCCCCUCACCCCCCCACCUUGUUGCGUAUACUUUGACAAUCUUACAGGUAUAUUGAUAUCUCUUGACUAUUCAUUGAUUUUCUAAGCUUCCUUCCCCCAAUCCCUGAAUGAAGCAUCACUUUUUACAAGGUUAACGUCCAAUUCCCUCCUCAGCCCCACCUUGAACUGACCAUCACCGUUUAUCUUGAUCAUUAUUACGUCAUGUUCCAAACCCCCUUACCCACCCUCCUUUGAAUGGAACAUCACCGUUUGAAUUGUAUCGUUUGUUGAUAAUCAAACCCAUCCUUCACCCCCCCCCUCCCUUCUUGAAUGAUGCAUUCCUUCUAACUUCAAUUGUACUGUUUCCCUUUCAGCUGUCACAGUAUCGACUACUGGUAUGGUCACGGAAUCUCAGGAUACAGAUGGCAUGCGACCAGCCCAAGCAGCUGCUGUAAUUCAAAUUUCCGUUCUUUAUAGCUGUGUGGUUUAAAUUUUUAGCAUCUUUUGGAGUCAUUGUUUUUGUGCAGUCUUUGUAACCUUAAAACGAUAUGCCCUCGUUAGCUAGGAUGGUACUCUCUGUUCAGGUUCUUUUGUAAUUCGCUCGAUUUACUGAGUCAUGCCGAUGUGUCUUGCCUUUUUGCAGAGAACAGACCAAUAUGAUCAAAAGCAAAACGCGUUUAACCUUUUUUUUCGCUAAAACAGUAUUAUUUUUUUGCUGUAGCUGUACUUACUAAGGUUAUUACGCUGUGCUUGCUUUCCUUAAAAUUCUUUGAUUAAAGUUGUGCAAGCCCUUUCUGUGUGAAAAUUCCUGUCAGCAAUUGAGUGUAACAAUGUCGUGAUCUCUUUUUACUGUUGUUUUGUAGACUCCAACUAAACCAACAAGGCCAGUGACAGCACAACAGCGAGAGCAAUACAAGGUUUGUUUUGUCCAAAAUCAUCAGAAUGUCAAUAAACCGUAGAAAUCUACAAUCUUCAUAAAAGUAUUCCCAUUAGAAAGUUAGGAAAACAAAUACGGUGGAAUUCCACCUUUUCAAACCGGCGAUUUUUCAAAUUUUCCAGUUAACUGUUAUUCGGCUGAAAACAGAUAGCCCUCUCCAAGCCUAACAGUGUAGUUUUAACCCCCAAUUUUUCAAACUCCACAUUCUUGGAAAAAAUUUCCAUACCCCAGAGGGUCCAAAAAAAUUAACAUUUCCUUAGUUCUUUAAAGACUUGAAUUCAGAAAGGUAUAAAAUAUGGUUGCAGUCAAAACUUCGGAGUUGCAUUAAGUAAGGAACGUUAUUGGCUCAUGCAUGAUUGAGAAGCGUGACGGUGGAAGUAGUCGCUUUGCUACAUUUUUUGUCUCCCUCGGUGAGCAAUAUUUUCGCAGCAGUGAAGCCUUAUGUGGUUUGAGUUCCUGAUCUUGCUCUGAGAAGAUUUUCUCCAAUUAGUCCGGUUUUCUCCUGCGCUCAAAAACCAACCUUUCCAAAAUCCAAGUCGAUUCGGGGCGAUAGACGAAGAUCCUCUUUCUGGGCGUGGUACCAGUAAAUAGUUGUUUGUUUAUUUAUAUAUUUAUUUGUUUAUUUAAAGGAACACAGACGAAUCUCACAUAUUACUGCCGAGCAAAAGAGGCGCGGUAACAUCAAAGUAAGUACAUUAAGAGACGUGUAAGACGUUUUGACAAAAUGUUUCUAAAUCCGACUCAAUCUCGUAUUGGUAGACCGAUCUAAAGUUCCUUGGUGGCUCACUACUUCAUGACAUAACUUCUUUUAGGUGGCAAAAUACAGUCAAACCACGUUAAUACGGACACUUAGGGGGCUAUAGAAAGUGUCCAUAUUAAUGGGGUGCCCGUAUUAAGCGGCAGGGUUGUCCGUAAGAUUUCAAGUUGCCGGGUAAAUACCACAAAUGGGCGGGAAAUCAAACAGGUGAGGCUUUCUUUUGGUUCUAUUUUUCUUCUAUUUUCCUAUGAAAGUGGCCGGGGCCACGUUCUUAGUAGCCGGGGGAAAUCCCCGGUCCCCGCCUCUUAAUUUAGCCCUGUAAGCGGUAAGGGCUUUCUUUCCCCACGGACACAGCAAACUGUUCGUAAUAAUGAGGUGUCCCUAUUAAGUGGGUAUCCGUAAAGCGGGGUUUGACUGUACUACGCAUUAAAGUCAUAUUAACACUUAACCCACAAACAGCGAACGGUGAACUUCAUCUAGUUUUUUUUCUCACAUUCCUUUGGCUUUACUCCUAAAAUAUUAGGACAUGAAAAAGACGUUUGAUCAACGGAGAUAAAAUAUUGUUAUUUCUGGGCGUAUUGUUUUCAUUAGUAUAACAAGAAUGGGGUAAAGGACUAAGCUCUUUAAUAUGACCAAUAACUGUUUCUUCCUAAUACAACUACAAUCAUGGAUAAAAGUCUUGAGACACUUUUAUAUCUGUGAAGCCCAAGGCCCUUCCCCCCUUCCAAUCCCCCACCAAAGAAUCAACGUUAGACGCGUGUGUGCAGUAUUUUUACCGCUUUUCAACAUUGUUUCAGGAGGGUGGAGGAAGCACUGUAAGGUAUUUUCCAAAAGGUAGCACUGUUUGAUGAGAGCAGCUGGAAAAUACCGAUAAUUUAUACUAUAGUCCAGGAUUGUAGAUGAAAUCGUAACAGCUUUUGUUGUUGUUUUUGUUGUUUAGAUGGGCUUUGAUCAGCUGCUGUCUAUCGUCCCUUCACUUGCAAAUCAACGAAAUGCUAAAGUCAGUAAAGCAACAGUUCUGCAAAAAAGUAAGUUAUCAAAUAAAUUUCGAUUAUCCAGACAUUAGAUAAUGAUAUUCAUUCCAGAAUCGGUUGUUGGCGACAGUUCUACUGUUUUUCGCGCGCAGUUAAAUCUUCUUCGUUCUAACUCCCAACUCAAGCGCGUUUUCUAAUUGGACAAAAACAUGUCACGUGCCAUUUGUAAAAACCUUCCCAGGGUGGACAAAUUGCCUUAGCACGUAAUCAUUUCUUGUACCACCGUGAAACCGCAGGAAAUCCCAUGUCCUAUUCGCGCCAAACAAAUGAUUUUUUUCGUUGUCAUGACCAAAAAACUAACUUAUUUUAGGCUUUAUUUUCGAGUUGCGAGACAUAGUCGGGAUGAAACUUUUUCAGCGCUCGUUCGUAUGAUAAUAUGGUUGUACCUCUCUCUUUUAGUACCUUGCGACUUUUAUUUAACUUAACGCGUUAAGCGUUAAGAGUGACGAGCAUGUUAUUUCUUCUUGUAUUAUCACUGCUUUAUAAAUCAGAUUGUCGAUAAGAAUUAAGGACGUGAUCACACAAGAUGAAUCUAAUUUAAAAUACUUCAACAAAUUCUCCCCACUACUUCUAUUGCAAACGUAUUAGUACAAUAAAUGAGAAUUUGAAUUUUAAUGUUAGGGUUAAAUGGGUUAACGCUAUGUUUUGCGCAUUUGAUUCAGCUGUUGAGUACACCACCAAGCUUCAACGUGAGAGACACGCCAUGCAGGAGGAAGCUGAUCAGCUAAGAAAACAGAUCCAGGAUCUCAAUACAUCCAUCAGGUACUAUGUGAUUUACAUGUCUAGAAAUCUAAUUUUAUCAUAUUCAGACCGAGACAAAACAGGCAAACACUUGAUCUAGCUUUUCAUAUUAGUAAUUAUUCGAUUGAUCGUGUUAAGGAAGCUACUUUUCUUGGUGUAAUUUUGGAUGAGCAUUUAACAUGGAAAUCACAUAUACAUAAUGUUGCUCGGAAAGUGUCUAAAGCCAUAGGUAUAAUUUAUAAAUCAAGUUUUUGCCUUAAUAAUUCCUCCCUACGGAUGCUUUAUUUUAGCGUUAUCUACCCAUACUUAUUCUACUGCGUGAGCGUCUGGGCAUCGACCUACCCAUCAAACCUCAGAAGAUUAAUCACACUUCAAAAACGGGUCGUAAGAAUAAUGUCGGGGAGUGCUUUCGAUGCUCACACUGACCCCUUAUUUAAAAAUGUAAAAAUUCUGAAUCUUGAGAGCAUCUACAAACUUCAAAUAGGAAAAUUUAUGUAUCAAGACAGAUCUGGCUUACUUCCUUAUAGCUUCAAUAACAUGUUUCUGGUGACACGCCAGGUGCAUUCUUAUGGCACUAGAAGUUCGGAGCAUUUUUAUUUACCACAAUGCAGGACUAAUAUAAGAAAGUUCUCCAUCAGUUUCCAAGGUCCUAAAUUUUUUAACUCUCUUAGUUUUGAAAUUCGAAAUGCAACAAGUAUCUCUUCCUUUUGCUGUAAGCUGAAAGCAUUCCUCUUAUCAUAAAUAGUAAUUUAUAUAUAUAUAUAUAUAUGUAUUUUUUUUUCUUCCUUUGCUCAUUAAUUUUCUUUUUGUUAUUUUUCUUUUUGUCAUUUCGCUUUUUUUAGCCUAGAACUAUGAUUAGUACGACUAUCUAAUAUACUUAUUUUAAGAUUUACUGUAGCUCUGCCAUUGAUUUUCCCAUGUGUAAUUACGAUAAUAUUUUGUUCUAAUUAUCUAACUGAGGGAGCCCAUUCCUUAUAAGCCCGGUGGCUUCUCUUGGACUUCCUCGCCAUGAGGAUUUAAGUAAUUAGAUUUUAUUUGAUUUGUACAAUUUUUUGGCAAACAAAACAAUAAAACAUUGAUGAUCGUUUUUUUUCCUCUCAUUACUUUGUUGCGCAGUCUAGCGAUAACAUCAUAGGGAGAAAUUAAAUGCUGGUCAGAGAGGCCUUUAGACUAAGAAUAGUCUUCUUCUUUUCCUUAGCUUGUGGAAAAGGAGCUGUUCUUUCGCGUUUUCCAGGCGAGCACGAAGCGGGCGUGGAGCGCGAGGCACGCGCAGCCUAGAACGCGUGUUUCGCGCUUCGCGUCGGCUUUGUGCUAGCAUCAAAAACGCGAGAAAAUAGCCGCUGUUGUGCAGACUAACUUUUCCUUCCAAGCGGUGUCGCGCGCACCGCGCGGUUUGCGAGCGGUUAGGCCGCGAGACGCGAGAAACAAUGACGUCAGCCUCAAAAGACAAUUUAUCUUCGUCGUUUCUCGCGGGUUCACUGCUCCCGCCAGCUUGGAAGAAAAAUAAGGGACUGCUUAUAGUCUACGGAGACAUGGAAAUGAAGGAAAUCAACCUUAAAGAUGAAGCCACAACUUUUCCCAGUUACUUCUGUAAGAAAGGUAUUGGAACAACAGAGAAGAAACUGUGCUUUGAUUUUGGCACAUUGGGUCUUAAAAAUAGUUCCACGGUUAAAGUUAGUUUGUCUUAACUUACUUGUCUGGUGUUUUGGCAUUUCAGCGUUUGUCAGCAACAACUUCCUGCCACAGGGGUACCAGUCGCCAGACAGGUAAACUAUGUUUUCCCUCAUUCCCUAGUCCUUGCUUAAAGGAGCUGUGUGUGUCACGAAAUCUAUUGAAAUUCGAAGGAGCUGUGUAACGAAAUCGAUCGAAAUUCAAAGGAGCUGUGUCACGAAAUCUGUCGAAAUUCAAACAGUGGGAACCGCUACGAAACUGACUGAGUGAAACAUAAUAACUACUCAAAACCGAUGAAAUGAAGGUUCAGUGUAUAAAUAAAACAGCAAAUACAAAGGGAGGCACGGAUGGACAGACGUGAAGAAGAUUGAAACGGAUUACAAUUGUGUUUUUGAAAACUUGUUAGCCUAACAGUUUUUCAAAAUUUAUUUUGUUAGUAACGAUUGAUAUAAUACUUGGGAGACAUAUUUGUUUGUAACAAUAGAAAACUCUGAUGUUGUCAUUCACAAGUAAUUUGUCACAUUCCAUAGCGAAUAACGACGCGUACCGUAAAUCCUCUAUUAAGCCCCCCGGGGGCUUAUUUAUUUCAAGCCCAUUGAGGGCGGGGGGCCUAUUGGAGACGGGGCGGGGCUUAUUUAAUUUAGAAAAGAUGAUGGCAUCAGUUCUCCAUAAAGACCUAGAAUACAAAGUGGAAACGCUCAAGUACAAGAAGGUUGGAGUUCAUGCAGCCGAGCAUCAGAGUCAAAUCUGAACUUCCAGUUGGUAAAUAAACCACCCCGGAUCAGUCCACACGAAGUUUUACCGUCGUGAUUGAUAAUAAAGUCUAUCAUUUACUAGUAAAGAAUCAUGAAUUAGGGAGGGAAGGGGGGGCUUAUUAACUUUCUUCCCAAGAAUAGAAGGGCUUAUUAGAGGGAGUGGACUUAUUUGAGAGGCGGGGGAGGGCUUAAUAGAGGAUUUACGGUAAUUGGCAUUAUUAUAAAAAAAAGAACUAGCCAACUGUGACACAGUCCCUUUAAAUAGAGAGAUAGUAGCGAUUGCGUUUGUUAUCGCGCAUCGGUCGAUUCCCUUGUUGCUGCUGCUUUUGUUGUGCAAUAUAAGUAAUUAAACUAUUUGUGCUUACGUUUGAAUAGCCAGAGAAAACAGCCGACAUUUCGUGACGCCACAACUGGUUUCCACGCAAAGUGACGUCUGAGAAACAAGCGCAGAAAUUCCAUGCUUAUGACGUGUCACUACCCAGAGCUGGGUAUUAAGUGCUUCUGAUUGGUUGAAGCGGCACGACCAAUCAAUCACCCAGAUCUGUGUAGUGACGCGUCAUCAGUAUGGAAUUUCUGCGUUCGUUUCUCAGACGUCAUUUCGCGGGAACCAGUGGUGGCGUAGCGAAAUGUCGGCUGUUUUCUCCUGUUGACAUUUAAUCCACGUUUUCUUGUUGUUCUGCAGCGUGUAGAUCAGAUGUGGUCAAUGUUUAAUCAGUACGUUAAGACUCGUACACAGGACAACUUUAAGUUCUGGAUCGUAUCCUUGUGCUGUUCCUCUUCCAACUUUCGACCGAGCUCGUGUUUUUGUUUGUUUGUUUGUUUUGUUUUCUCUUCUCCUAAACUACAGUAUGUGGUCCUUGGUCCGCGUCUAAAAGUCAUUAACUUGAAUAUCUUACCUGAAUCUUCACGUAACGAGCUGAAAUACUCCCUGAAGAUAGCUUUUAUGUUCUUCUCGAUAAUCCUGAAGUUUCAAGUUCCAGACAUAAACAUUUUGCUUGGAAUUCGAAAAAAGGCGACCGUUUUCGAUGGUCCUUGGUCCGCGAAUGUGGUCCUUGGUCCGCGUCUCAGGUAAGCAGCACGAAAAAAACGUAAAAAUGUUAUAGUUUCCACACGAAAACGUGAUUUUCACAAUAUUUCAUGAAUUUUUUUUCUUUUCUUGAUGCAAUUAAGCUGAAGUUUUUUUCGGAAGAUGUUGUGAGUAUAAUCUUUCAAAGAGUUCAGACAACAGUCUCCUCGAGUCUCCCACACGAGCGUGCCCUGCUAGCAGAGUCGCUUCGAUCUUUCCUCGCAGGUUAACACGAGCGUCGACGGGCGGUUUUCAGCGCGGUGGAAAAUAGUUACCAAAAACUUCGUAUGUAUUCGAGGUGUUCAAAAAAGAGAACUUGUAGACAUGUGUAGGGACGAUUUUCAAAAUAUUCUUCGAAAACAAAGGUCGUCGCUUUUUAUUUUGGGAAGUUUUAUUCAACCAAGGUCAUAGGUCACGGACCAAGGACCGCUAGGCGAAAUUUGGUCAUAUUUUUCAAGAGUCGAUAAAACAAAAAAUUCAGAGUCUACAGCAAUAUUCUUCCAACCGCAGAAAUAAGUUGAUCUGAAAACCUGUUCUGCAAAAAGGCAAGUCUUCCCGUUGCGUCUUAUUUAUUCGCAGGCUAAGUAAACAUGACAACGUAAUUUACGGUGCCGCAAAAAUCCAAACUUCAAGAAAGACAAAUUAACCAACCUGUCAACAAACUUUAAUUUCGCGCCUUCACCCACAGAAAGAAAGCCGAAACUUCGUCAUAUGAAAGAAUGCUAAUCAGUAAAUCACGAUAUCUUUCAUUAUUCAACGUAUUUUUUUUUUCUCGACAAAAUAUUUUAUCUCUUUCGGAAAAGUCGCGGACCAAGGACCACAUACUGUACUUCCCGAUGCUCGAUUAUGCUGAUAAGGCACUCUCUGUUUAGUAGAUGAUAAUGAAACAUUUUAUAGUGCUUAAUAACAUUUCGCGAACUUUUACUUUAAGUUCAUUCUUUCGUUUUGUCAUUUGAGAAAUUAUAUUAACUCAUUCAUUCCCAGAAGAGGCCAAAAUCAUAAUUUCACCUAAUUCCAAAUUUCAUUAUAUAAAAUUGUUCCAAACAAAUAGUACCACGUGAAAGUAGUGCUUAAGAGGUUUAAAUUGAAUGGUCACACCAUAGGAUUUCAUCGACAGACUCAAAAGUUAGAACUACAUACUAAAUAAAUAGUAGCAUGUGAAAGUACUGCUGAAGAUGUUUCAUUUGAAUGGUAACACCACACUAUUUCGUCCUCAGACUUGAAGUUUAGAAACACCUUACAAGACUAUCAUUAGUUUGCUUCAACAAUAAAAGGUUUAACACUCCCCACACUAGUUAAGUCGGUCUGACCUAAUCCUCAGUGUCUUAUUAUUAGAUGAAACACUGCCUCAUGUUUAAUACUGAUAUUAAUAUGUUCAAAAUGUACAAGUCUCUAGUAAGAUGGUCAGUAGCCUGCGUGUCUCGCGUUCGCAAGGGAAGGGAAAAGGGAUUUCGGGCGCGUAGGAAGCGCGGAGGGCACGCGAGUUCCUCUCCUCCAUUCUCCCUCGCGGGUGUGGUCUCACGCCCAAAUUCCCUUCUCCUUCCCAGGCUAGAUGAUCGGUGUUUAACUUGCCCAGUUCAGCGCAGAAUUUGUUGUGUUCCUUGACUCGAGUUUCAGUUCAGCGUCUUGAUGCGUCAGCUCUUUGAGGAGUAUAACAACAUGGUGUCAACAGUCAAUGUUGAGGAGUUCUGUAGAACAGUGUUAGGCUGGCUUGAACAGCACUGCUCUCUACCUGCGCUGAGACCUGGUGAGUUCAUCAAUGAUUUUGUUACAAAUAGUUAUGGUGCGUCGUGGGACUCAAUUUGUGCAAAUUCAUGAGUCCGAGUUAAAAACAAAGAACGAAUCGGAAAGUGAAAAUGCUUGCGCCUUUAUGUAACCAGUCAGUCAAUCUGAAGAGAGACUCGAAACCUCUUUACUACAGUAUACUGAAAUUAAAUAUAGUUCUUCUCUUUUAAAGCACAGCAAAGGAAAAAAGAAAUAUCCAUAGUUAAACAACAGCCAUAAUAACUACCACAGAAAUUACACGAACAGGAUAUUUCUGCAAAAACACAUGGAUCAACCGAUCGAUCUUUGCGUCCUCCGGGACGCAUGCCAUAAAUUAUUUUGCGUCUUUAAGGAUUUUUAUGCGUCAGGGACGCAGGACGCAGAGGUAGCAAAAUCACUGGUCCAUGAGAAAAACAGUCUGAAGAGCAAAAAACAUAAGGCAAAGGUGUUCAAUACUUCACUGCCGUGGUAGCCUGCGCCACAGACGAAACUACGCCUCUGGUUAUUUCCGUCUGUGAAUUAGUAUAGGUAAUAGAUAUUUCAAAAUUGUUAUACUACUACCCGCAAAAGGUUUGUAAUUUUCAGUGGUGGUAUAAGCGCCGAAAUCCUUGUUAUGGGAACCUACCUGUGUACCAGGAUUUGAGCAGACGCCAUGAUUGGCCUGUCAAAAACGCUAUUGUCGAUUUGCCAAUCAGGUAGAAGGAAAACGCACUUCCGGUAAUUCGUUAAGUCCGUUGGCGGCCCAGAACAAGGAUGUCGGCGCUGGUUCGCAGACGUUACUAACCAGGGUUAGAUAAUGUCUGUGUUGCAGGCUAGUAAGAGGUGAAGGCGAUACGAUUCGCUUUGUUGAAGGAUAAGCACGUGAAAUGUAAAGCUUUGAUUUGCCCUUGUACUCGCAGUAGUUUCGCAUUCUUACUUCCCAUGCAAUUUUACGGCCUGUUUACAUGGAGGUGGGGGACCCCAUGUAGGUGGGGUAACCCGCCUGUCCAUAAAAUCUCUUAUUUUAAUUUGAUCAUGUUUACAUGAUAGGUGGGUUGACCAGAUGAGAGAUUGUAUGGACAGGCGUGUUACCCCACCUAAGCGGGUUACCUCACCUACCUGGGGUCCCCCACCUCCAUGUAAACAGACCCUUACUCGGUCAACUCAACACCUUAUACGUUAUAGCUCUCCAACAACUAAAUUUCAAUGAGCAAAAACAUGUUAAGCCUUCAUUUUAUGUUUUGUUUUCAUAGCGGCCUUAUCAUCUCUACGUGACCUCAGUAAAGCCACGUCCAUCUUGUCCGACCCAUCUAAAGUACCUGAACAGGCGCUUCGAGCAAGUGUCACUAGGGACCCAACCGACUUAGCGGCCCUGAUGGCGCCUCCUGAGGCACAAAAUGCAGGGGGCUCUGGUGACUUCAGCUGAGAAUGUCCCCUCAUAACACCCAGCCUACAGAAGGAUCUAUGCUGUUCACUUCAAGCUUUGCUUCUACGGUUCAAGAUAAAAGGGUUUUUUCUUGUGUGGUACAGAUGCAAACUACAACACUGGUUCUGGUGUUUAAGGAGUACAUGGUUUGGUUAAACAGAGUUACUUCAACCUAUGCCAGGCGAUGUCGAUUUCUGCGGGACAGUUUAUCUGUAACUGGUAGGCGUGGUUUUUGGUAAUAUUUACCGGUUAGAGAUUUCUGUGUGCUUACCGUACAAAGAAACAAUGAAAGGAAGAAAGAAAGUACUCGAAAAGAGGAUUGAAGUUGCAGACUUUUUGCGGAAGCGUUGGCCCAGAUACAAAAUCGUCCGGAGACCGGAGUCCAAUCCAAUGCAGGUUUUCUUUUUGUUAGCCACUUUGCUGUUUCGUGACACAAACUUUGCUUUUCCUCGACCUUUAAAGGUAAAAAAGUGGAAAAAUGGAGAAGAGAAAAAAGAAAAAUGAGAAACUUGCGAAAAAAAAAAACGGAUAGAUAGGAAAACUCUUGAGUGUUGUAUGAUACUAACCAUACUCGUCUCGUUGGCGUUAUUAUAAAAUUCGGGCUGAUAAAAUUUUGUUUAUCAGAGAAAAAAAUAAGUGCUUUUCCCGGCUUUAUUAUUUUUAUUAGAAUUGAAGAGCGGUACGUAUGUGCUAUAAAAAGAAACUAGAGUGUGACAAAAAAAUAUACGAGUCCCAAAACAAAGAAACAAACAUAAAUAAAUAAAAGAAUAAAUAAAUAAAUGAAAACUAAUUCGACGUGCUCUAUAACACCCACAUUCACACACUAAAAAAAACUUAUAAAGAAAUAAGAUUUUGAUCUCCUAGAGCGGAGGCGAAGUAAAUUACUGUCUGUCACUAAAUAGCGUUGAUUGUUCCUUGGUUUCCAACGUCGUGGUUGUUUAUAUCCUUUCACAUUUAUAAUGAAAAAAUAAAUUUGUACCAGUUCGGGUUGUUUAACGAAGGAUGUUUUCCCUCCAAUCUUUAUUCAGUGUAAAACCAGAGUAAUUGCUACUUUUUGUAGACCAGUUCUGUCUGUAAUCGUAUUGUUCCCAUACUGCUUUAUAGCUCGUAUCAUUAGAGAACGCUUUGAUCAUCAGUUAAUCGCACAUCAUGUAUUCUAGGGCGCAUUCGUUUGGUAUAUAAUUCGGACAAGCGUAGCAGAUGAAGUGUUCUUUUCCCACCCUCUUGCUCCAGAAGUCACGAUAACACACUUAAUUCUAAGAUUUGCAGAUACCUCUUAGCCUUCCAAAAGAGAAAUAUUAUUCAUCGUAUCAAUUUGCUUAUUUGGGCUAAACCCCCAACUUUCUAAAGUUUCAGUACCAACACAACUCUGUCUAUAUUUUUAGUGAGUUGCGUUUCUUGAUCGCCAAUAUUAGCAACUGAAUGCACAUAGAACUGCUUUGGUAGUCGGAAAGUCCCAAACGAAUGCGCCCACCUGAGCUCUUAUUUAUUUACGUGAAAUGUUUAUUUAGCAUGAGGUUCAAUGUUCUUUCGUGUAUCUUCUAGUGAAUUUACGAUGUACAGAAGUAUCGUGGCCUUUGUAUUAUACAUAGUUUACAUAAGAUAGCUAUUGUCGUAUUGACCCUUGCUUUAACUAGCGAAGUAAAUCUAAGCGCAAAAUAGUGAUAGCGGAGAGUUGCUACGGACCUUAAGAUAAACCUUUUCUGCUGAAAAUGAGUAAGGUCUGGGUAGGGUACCACGUUUGUCCCGAAGUUAUAAAACAGGUUAACUUCUUAGAUGUGGUAAUGGCUUCAUCGUUCCUCACUCGUUUUCCUGGGUCAAGAAGCGAUCUUCCCUUAUUUACGGGUACGGGAAACGGUGUUUCUUAAGGUUUCGAAUACAAUACAUUGUGUUGCUCUAAGGUUUAACCAUGCUUUCCUUGUAGACUAAGCUUAAGCAAAGAAACUUCGACGAUGGUUUUUCAUUAUCUAGGAAUAUCUUUUUUGCUGAACAAACAUUUAACUUGAUCCAGAUUGUAAAGAAGGGGAUGUCGCUCUGCGAAUUUGCGGUGUUAACAUGUUUAUUAUGUUCGAUAGCUUUACAUGCUGUAGCUAAGUGUUUUCACCGGAUCACUCUUUCGUGACCUGAGAAAGAUCUGGGACGAGCUGGAGCUUCUAUAAUCAGUUUGUUCUGCACACACCACAAAUCCUAGUUAUUUUAACCCGGAAUGACAGUACAAAACAGAUAGCAAACCUCCCUUUCCCACUUCAGAAGCUCUUUGGAUGACGGGUACUAGCUUUGGGUGCAGUGAUUUCUGAGUGGACAAGCGCUUGUUGUGAUUGGUCGAUGGUAUUCAAGGCAACCAUUAACCAAUC